UGUCAUAUGUCGUAUUUUUUAUAUAAAUAAUACUAACAUCAAGGUAAGCCGAAAAUUAUUUACAAUGGCGAAGGAUCCGUUCGACGAAAUACUGCAAUUCUUGCAACCUGAUACCAGAUUAGAUCUCAAGGAACUUACACUAGAACACUUACUUGGUAUAUCCGCCACUCCAACUGGUAUAGAAGCUCUUUUGAAAAACGCAACAGUUGUAAGAGUUAUUAUCGAGUUAACCGACGACGAUGAAGUCUGUAAAAAUGCACUCCUAAUACUUGUUAACAUAAGCAGUUAUGAAAAUGGCGCAUCAGAGUUAUUGAAGUAUAAGCCGAAUAACAAAACAAACGUCGUUGAACUGUUCAUAGGUUAUGUUAUCGACCCAAGGAAAUCGUGUGCCGACGCAGCCUGCAUGAUUCUAUGCAACUUAACUAGAGUAGAGAGCUCAUUGAAAGUCUGCUUAGAGACAUUCAUUCCACACCUCGAGAGUUUGCUACAAGUUUUUGCGCACAUAAAUUAUAACGAAAAACAGUACAAGUUAAAUUACAUUGCACCAUUGUUUAGUAAUUUGAGCUGUUCUCCUCGUAUAAGAAAAUGGUUCAGCGAACCGUCGCUAAAAGCAUAUCCCUUUAUACCAUUAAAAAAGAUAUUACCGUUUUGUAACUAUAUGGAAUCUGAGAAACGACGCAGUGGUAUGAUUAGAAUUGUUCGCAACUUAUCGUUUGAUACAUCCUACCAUGUGUUUCUACUAAGCGAAGAUUUGGAUUUGCUUUCAUAUCUGUUACCACCAAUAAUGGGUAAUGAAGAGUAUAGUGAUGACGAAAUGGAAAAAUUACCAGCAGCAGUGCAAUAUUAUUCGAAGGAUAAACGGCGAGACUGCGUUUUAGAGAUCAGAAAGGAGAUAAUUGAAACUCUAAAUAAAUUAUGUGCUAAAAGACAUGGGCGAGAGGUUUUAAGGAAUAAUGGAGUGUAUUAUGUUUUGCGGGAGUAUCACAGAUGGGAAACGGAAGCAUCUAUGCUAUUAGCAUGCGAGAAUGUCAUAGACAUAUUGAUUCAGGAAGAGGAGGAAGUAGGUGCAGAGGACUUAUCUUUAGUACAAGUUCCGGAGGAUAUGAAGGAGAAAUUUAACAAAAUGGAUGAAAAUUAUUUGAAUAGUGCAUAAGAAAUAGAUGGUUUACUGUGUGAUUGUUUUAGGAUAUGGCUCUUUAAAUAAUAGUUUCAUGUUCA